AUGUCUGCUCAGGCCAGGCGCUCCACGGGCCUGGCCGUGCGGUGCGGCUCUGGGGCGGCUGCUGCUGGCCAGCGCCGCGCCCUGGCCGUGCCAGUGUCAUUUAGCCUCCAGCACCAGCUGAGGACACCUCAACGUCAACGCCAACCUUGCACCGCCAGAGCCCUCCAGACGCUGUCGUCGCCGACCUCCAUCGUGCCGCCCUUUUCGCUGUCGGCCAAGUCCAAUUGCUACGUUGCGCUGGCCGACACCCUCUCGGCGCGCAGCUCCGUGCUCCUCCUCCGCCCCGUCUUCCGCGGCCGCAUCCGCUCGCUGCCCUUCAUCAUGGGCGCCGCCCGCCAAGCACGCGAUCACAGCGACCAUCAUGAUCACGACCAUGGCCACGGCCACAGCCACGGCCUCUUUGGCCAUCACCACCACCACGACAACUCCUACCUCACCUCGGCCGACAAGAACGACCCCGGCGUGCGCAUAACGCGAAUUGGCCUGCUCAGUAACUUGACCAUGGCCAUUGCCAAGUUCAUCGGUGGCUGGGCAUUCAACUCAAAGGCCAUGAUUGCCGACGGCUGGCACAGCAUCGCCGACCUCGCCUCCGACAUCCUCACGCUCGCGACCGUCUCGUGGAGCAUCAAGCCGCCGACCGAUCGCUUCCCCUUAGGCUUUGGCAAGGUUGAGAGCUUGGGCGCGCUGGGCGUGUCUGGCAUGCUCCUUGUUGGCGGCUGCUACAUGGGCUUCGAGAGUGCAAUGACUUUGUACGGUCAUUGGGACCCGGAGACGGCGCAUCACAUGCUGGAGCACGCCCACCAUGGACACAGCCACUCGCACAGUCACGCAGAUCUCGGCAUUCCCAGCAUACACGCAGCUUGGCUCGCGGCGGCUACGAUUCUGGUCAAGGAAUGGUUAUACCAAGCCACUAUGAAGGUUGCGCGCGAGCGCAAGUCGUCUGUCCUCGCCUCCAAUGCCGUCCACCAUCGCAUCGACAGCUUGACGGGCAUCGUGACGCUCUUUGCGAUUAUCGGUGCCAACGUAAUCGAGAAUGCCGCCUGGCUAGAUCCCGUCGGUGGUCUGCUCAUUUCCAUCAUGGUGCUCCAAGCCGGCCUGGGCAACUCCAAAGCAGCCUUCUUGGAGCUGAUAGACCAGAGCCUGGAUGACGAGGUGAAAUCAUCGGUUCGAAAGCAUGCGCAGAGGGCCAUUGCCAACGUCAGCGAAGGACACCAAGCCGAAUUGCGAGACAUCAUCGGAACCAAAUCUGGCCCCAACUACCUGGUCGACCUGGAGAUGGCUGUGCCUGGCGCAUGGACCGUGAACGACGUCAAGGACCUGGAAGACGCCGUUCGCACCCUGGUAGGAGGAAGGGUGCGCGGAGUGAAGCGCAUUCGCGUGCGAUUUGUGUCCCGCGAUGGAGAUGUCAACCACAAGUUUGAUGAGUUCAUCCCGGGCAGCGCUCGGGCAAGUGUUUCCGAGGAAUCAGACCAAGAGGAGGAGCACAACCACGAUCAUGACCAUGACCAUGACCACAAACACAAAGAUUAG